GGAAGAAAAUGAGAGUGUCGAGAACGAAGAUGGACGAGACGCUUCUCUUUCGACGAUUACGAGCCGCUGGGCUUUCGUACGAUUUCCUUCUAUGCAGUCGGUGAGGACGAAAGCCUUGAGAAAAUCGCGUGGAACCGAGGUUAACGUCAAACUCGCAGCUUCGAGGAAACGACAAGCGUGGAACGCAGGAUGAGGCGAUCAAUCGAAAACGCUUAAGCGGCACUGACAGUGGCGUAAUACGGUGCACGUCGGGAAAGAAAGCAGGGAAAGUAUUCGAACGAGGCGUAAACUCUCAAGCAAUAGGAAACACGAACUAAUACAAACGUUUAAUGCUGCCAUUGGUCGCUAACAAUUACGGAUAAAACGUAUAAAGCUGUAAUCGUUACGGCUAUCGACAAACGGCACACUUGCGCUAUCAUAUAUAGAUACCGGAUAAUCGUAAUAUUUGCAAAAAUGUGAAAACAGAAGAAGAAAGAAGUCCAAGUCUCAGAGAGAGAGAGAGAGAGAUGGGGAGAGUCGUAGUGAUAAGGAAGGAUGAACAUCGCGAGACAAGGAGCAAGAGGGAUCGAAAUACUGAAGAGAAAUGCACGAAAAGGCGUUUUGGAGCGACGAAGAAAGAGUGGGGAGGCUCGCGAUAGAGAGAGGCGACGCAUCGAAGUCGGCGUGCGUUAGAGGGAGAGGAAAGGAGACGAGCGCGAGCAGGAAGAGCGGCACGAGCGAGAGCCGGGGAGUUCGGGAGUACUCGGCCGCUCAGUCGAACGCGCGAUUACAAGCACACGAGACGCGUGGGCUCUCUCUCUCUCGACGGCCAGACUGAAAGUGUUUCGUACGCGACCACGUGCCGGCUAAACCGCCGGAACGUAACAGAACGAUACACGGCUUCAACCUAUACAGUAUAUACAUCGAGUACCGAGUGACAUCGCAAAAGGACACCGUGCCGGUUGCACGGCCGCGACCAUUUUUCCCCCCGUCGAUUUCCUCUUCCACCGUCGUUUCACGAAUAUUCUUUCGACCCUGCUGGAUGCACAGAGAGUGGAGAACGACGACGACCGUAACAGAGAACGAUCGCGACUUGGAAGAUUACGAAUCUUCCGACGAGGACGGUGCAGUGUGUGGGUGGUUUGUCAGUUGGUGACUUGAAGUGAACACCGAACCGGAAGAGAGGACCGACGGUCUCUCGGUGACGAUCGAAUAGAAGAAAGCUACGCGAAUCAGCUAGAUCCAGAUGUCACGGGCGCGUCCUCGAUCGGGGAAUCGGAGUAGCGCGUAAAUCGAAAGGAAGAAAUCUGUGGAGCAGAAAAAGAAGGAGGCGAAAAGUGGGGACGUUUCAGAGGUGGUUUUGGAUGUUAGAAAGCGCGGGGGUGGCUAAAGAGGCCCCGCCGCAGGGUACGGGUCCCGAUGCCGGUCCCCGUAUCGCAAACCCUCACGCUGACCUCCACCCUCGUGCCCAAGGAGGAGUCAAACAUGCCCUUCAUAGACGACGAGCUACUUUGGUGCCCUGACAAUGACGGCAAAAUGGUCGACUUAACGCAAUGUCUCCAGGAAAGCAGCACAGGGCAAUCGGUAGAAUUUUCCCCGAUGGAAUUGAGUGCUCUUGUGGGGACGCCGGCAGCUCCGAACAUGCCGGCGGAAGAGGGCGAAGGAAUGGCUGGUGUCACAGGCGAGGAACCCUUUGACACGCUAGACACAUUCCUUCGAGAACUGCAAGCUGAUUUGGCUGAAGCCAGUCAACCCACGUCCACCACAACUUCCGUAACCCCUUCCUGUCGACGGCAGAGGUACAACAUCGCGGCUGCCAACCCUUUGUUAGCAGAAAAAUUAGCGGCUCCUUCGUCGCAAGCAUCUCCAACUUCCAUCCCGUACGCAACGAGGGCAGAGAUCAAGACGGAGAAUAUUCAACCUGAAACGAGUAAAGUGGACACCAGGGAGGUCCAGCCACACGAUGCGAACGAGAAGGAGCAACUGAGUCUGGCGAGCGUUAAAGCGGAACCAGGAUCGACCGGUACGACGACGACCACCACGGGGACUCGUCUGUUGCACGGUAUUCUCUCGCAGCAUCCCCAGCAGCACGGUCUAGGGGUGCAAAAUGGAUACGGCCGUCACUUGGCCGGCCAUGCUCAGAUGGGCCAGCCGUCCUAUACCACUGCCACGAUCGCCACCACCAGUACACCAGGAAGCGGAUCACUGCCAGCGAGCCCCGCCGACAGCGGAGUCAGCGACGUCGAAUCCAGCACGUCCUCGGGCGGUAACGAGGACGCGAAUCUUUUAUUGAAAGCGAGGCUCAACCCUAACUCGUCCCUUCAGCCAAGUCUCGCGUCCCAUCAUUCUCAUUUGUCGUCAGCAGCGCUCGGCAGGUCAGCCUGUCACAGUCCUGGCGUUUAUCCGUCGACGGCGGGCUUCCUGCCGCCCUCCUAUCAUCCUCAUCAGCAUCAUCCCUCCCAGUACCAUCCGCACAGAGGGAGUUCGCCUCACCAUCAACACGGCAAUCAUACGAUGGGCCCGACAAUGGGACCGCCCCACCAUCACCACCACCACCACCAAACGCAGAGUCUGCAACACUUGCAUUAUCGUCAGCCACCUACACUGUCUGAGAGCUAUAGCAGUUACGUAAAUUCGAUGUACGCCAGUGGAGCCCAAUUUGCCACCCCCUGCACUCCUAGCCCACCACGGGGACCCGGUGGAGUUCCAACGAGCGUGAUUCAAGCAGCAACCAGCUCGGUUUCCGAUGACCUGUACCUGCUGGAAUUAGGUUUCCCCCCACGGUCGAAAAAGAACAAACUAAAAAAGCCGCGUCAAGGGGAUGGCGCCGCGGUGAAGAGAAAAUCUCGCGAAGGUUCGACGACGUAUCUAUGGGAAUUUUUAUUGAAAUUGCUACAGGACCGAGAGUACUGUCCCCGAUACAUCAAAUGGACGAAUCGCGAACGAGGUGUCUUCAAAUUGGUGGACAGCAAGGCGGUUUCUCGUCUAUGGGGUUUACACAAGAAUAAACCGGACAUGAACUAUGAGACCAUGGGCAGAGCCCUGCGUUAUUAUUAUCAGCGCGGUAUCCUGGCGAAAGUUGACGGACAAAGGCUGGUCUAUCAGUUUGUGGACGUGCCGAAAGAUAUUAUAGAAAUUGACUGUACCGGCGCGUGAGACAGGGUUCGUCCUUCGAGGGAACAGCAGCACGAGAGACGAGCUGUACGGGAAAAGAGUGAUUCGUGUAUUCGUGCCGCGAUCUUACGCGAGAACUUAUCGUUGUCAUUAUCAUCGUCGAGCAGCUCUUCCUGCCACAAUGUGCCCACUUGGCACAACCCUCAGACGAUCUAAAGCAUGCCCUCUCUCUGACUUCGUUUGUUCCUUGUAUUAUAAGUAUAUACCUAUAAAGAUAUGUAUAUUAACUCGCGAAUAGCGGAUGCGCAUGCGCAACAACGCUACCCGCAAGAGGAUGAAUGUUUUGUUUUUGUCGACGCGACAGCUGCCACGGUAUACGUAUACAAUUAUAUGUAUAUCGUUAAUUUCGUCCUCCUUUGGUCUUUCUUUUUUUUGUUACUCUUUGACGGUGUACGUCGAUAGUAAUCGUACUAAGCUUUACAACGUCUAAUAUAUAUAAAUGUAUAUUAUACAUAUAUAUGUAUACGUUGAGCUCGUUCAAAUUUGUACAAAAUUUAGUUCUUAAAGAUGCUACGGCACAAAUGUUAUUAAAUGUAUUUUAAUCGAGAGUAAAUGAAGAAUGAAAAAAAUAAGAUGAAUCUAUCACUUAACGUAUAAACGGGAUAUAGGCGAACAGUUGUACAUUCAAGAGCGCGAUAAAUUAUUUAUUGUAUAUUAGACGAUUAUAUGUUACCUAGAACGAGAAAAAGAAGCAGAAAUUGUUACAUACGUGUCGACGAAGGGAACCAUAAGGAAGCAAAGGGGAAGUAAAACUUAUAUAAAGUGCACGCACGCGAACGUGGAGAGUUUAAAGAAAAAUAAAAAGAAAAAAAAAAAAAUGAAACGAAAUGAGGGCUGUGAAAAGAUUCAGAAAGGAGAAAAAUAUGAGUGCAGAAAUGAUAAAGAUGUUGAAAAAGUUUUACGGAGCGAGCUCAGGGAGAGGUUACACAUAUAUACAAACACACACGCCUGUACACUACACGUCUACACAGACACACACACACACACACACACACACACACACUGUACACACACUAUAUUUUUUUAAAUAUAAGCAAAAAAGGGCGACUCUUCUAUUUGAGCUGAGGGUUCAACAAUGUAAGGUGCUGGCUAUACACACGAGGUCCAAGAAUGUUAUUUAGCAAGCUAGUGUUAUUAAUUCAUAAAAAAAUUAUUGAAACAGACGUAUAUCUCUGUAUAUAUAAAAAUACACCUUUAGUAUAUAUAUUAUUGAAUAUUAUAUAUAUAUUAUAUGAAUAUAUAUUGUAUGUUAUGUAGUAAAUGGAGCGAGUUAACGUGUCUAUGAGAUUCUUCUGUCACGUCUGCGUAGAAGGAAGUUUAAAUAACCGUCUAUCCGUACGAUGUCUCUAUUCGUGUCUUAUAUAUCUUAUAUGUGUAUGUGUGUAUAUAUAUAUAUGUAUAUAUGUAUAUAUGUAUAUACACACACAUGUAUAUAUAUAUAUAUGUAUGUAUAUAAAAAAAGCAAUCACUGUGGAAGCAUUAUCGUUUUUCUUUUGUGUUGCAUGUUUUUUUAUAAGUUCUCCACAUUAGGAUCAAACGAUAAUGAAUCAAUUUGCACGGUCAGCGAUUCGAUUACGUGGCCCGCAAGGGAAAAAAAACGCACAUCCGCGUGGUUUUCAUGCUCAGCUAGAAUCAGAGAUAUCGUACUUUUCUAAACGUUUAGAGUAUAAUAGCCUUCUUGAUGUACGGGGCAGAGCGUUCGAAAGAUGAUAAGUUAGAGAGAAAAUUAAUUUAUUGAGCAGCAGCCCGCCCCUGAAUACGGACGUGACGUGCGAGUGCAAGCGUAUCCUAUAGAAAUAAGUUUUGUACAUAAAAAUUCGUUGAGAGCAUACUUAGAAGAACAUUACGCUGGUUAAUCUUCGUAAUCGUGGAUAAAUGAAAAGAAACAAAAGAAAACGAGAAAUAGGAGAGAGACAGGUAGAACACGAGAGAUACGAACGCGACCAUACCUCUAAGGUGUGUCACCUCUCGCUGCAAGUUGUUCUUCUUGACGAUCAUCUCCAAACAUUUCGGAGAAGAAAACGGUAAUACAGUAAAUAAUAGAUAAAAAAAAAAAAAAAAAACGAUCAAGUGCUGCCAAUAAUGCCUGUAAACGGUCCCUUGCAUUUUUUUGCCACUUAAAAAAGGAAACGAUGGAAAAGGAACAAUGAGCAUAAAAAGAAUUAAUACGCGCGAUUUAUUCGAAUCAAGAAGAAAUGUCUUGGGACGCCAGACAUACCAGAUGAUACAAAGCGAAUUGCCUUCUUGUAAUUAACAAAGACGUGUUGCCUUCUAACAAAGAAAACAUAUUAAAGAAAAAAAUUCUAGCAAUUUGUAUUUGUAAUACAAUCGACUUGUCCGGGUACUUAAAGAAAACCUUUAACCCUGUAUAUCAUCCCCCCUUUGUCAGCAUAGAGUUUUGUAACUUUUGUCAAGAGAAACAUAAUAAUAAUGAUAAUAAUAGUAAUGAAAAAAAAAGAUAAAAAAAAUUGAGAAGCGUUUUUGGUACACGAAGACUUUUUUCAUAUCGCACUUUGCAUACACGUAUCAGAUGAAAAAUAUACUUAAAAAAUACAAUAAAAAAAGAUAAGAUGAAUAUAAUGAAAGAGAGGGAGUGAGAGAGAGAGAGAGAGAGAGAGAGAGAGAGAGAGGGAGAGAGAGAGAGAGAGAGAAUGAAAUGAAAUACAUCAGAGUACAAUGGACAAAAAAGCAAGUACCUAUAAAUAGUACCACUUCUAUACAUAACAUCCACUUAUAAACAAUGAAUGGACAUUGCAACAAAAAAAUCCUAUUUUUAGGUAAAUUAAAUUUACAUAUACAUAACAAUUGACUACGCUACAAGAUAUUUUAACAAAUAAGACUUUACUGUAAUAGGGAUAAAUCUAUAAUUAUUUACCUGUAAAAUAAUACGAAGACACGAUGGAUUGACGUAAGGAACUGUAAUGUAACGUUCUGUGAUUCGUUGUUUGUAGGUGAAAUUUAAUAAAAGAUUACUGUAUCAUAA